CGGCGGCGGCGCGGUGACGCGGGGACGGGAUGGCGGAGGACGGGGAGGGGGAGGGGGAGGGGCGGCGGUGCCGCCGCCGGCGGCUCCGGACCGUCUGCGAGGAGCUGGACCGCCUCGUGUUCCGCCUGCUGGAGGAGCUGGACGAGCUCCAAGGCAAGAGGGCCGCCUUCAACGGGCUGGUGGAGCAGGGCUGGUUCUCCCUCUCUAAGGCCCGCUAUGCCAUGGGCAAUAAGUCAGUCUCCACUCUGCAGUACGGACACCAGAUGACCCCGCUUCUCCACGUCAGCAUCAGUGUCACCGAGGACGGAGAGCAGGAAUUCCAGGUGGUGACCAGAUCGUCUCAUAGCCCAGAGCCACCGAGGACCGACCUUCCUCCUCCAGAGGAAAUUGGGCCCCAGGAACAAGCUCUGCGUCAACGCAAGGGGCGACCGGAGGGAACGGCCCCGUCUGCGGCCACGACCCCCCCAUCCAGUCCGAAGGCUCCCGGGCCCCAGGAGUCCAAGAAGUCUGCUCCCCGCCAGGACCCUCUGACCUGGUUUGGGAUUCUGGUACCUCAGAGUCUGCGCCAGGCUCAGAGCACCUUCAGGGAAGGAAUCCUGCUGGCCGGGGAUAUCGCCACCCUGCAGAACAGCAUUGAGAAGGGCCGAGCCCGCUUCCGCACCCUGCACCAGGAGAAGCGGCAGUUGCAGGGCGCGUUGACAUCUAAAAGCCCCUGAAAACUUUUCCAGAGGAUCCGGGAGGUGGGGAAGGGCUUAACAAAUACCAACAUUAUUAAGGGGCCAGACUGGAAACUCCUUACGGCCCAAGCCUCCUGCGCCAUCCCUCCCACCUCACUAAACACAGAUGUUCCCUGAAUCCCACCUGUCUGUAUCUGACUCAGCUCGCCAGCCGAAAAGGGAGAGUCACCGAACAGGGAGCGGACCCAUUUGAGGUUAUUAGGCUGAAGAGGCAGGCACGUAGAUGUCUGAACACAGAUAUGAAGGGUAAAUGAGCUACCGUCAUCGUCAUUAACAUUUAUUAAGUGCCUGCUGUGUGCAGAGCACCAAAGGUGGAAGUAUUGAUGGCCCACUCACUGGGGGUGCUGUUGUAGGGAGGGGGCAGGGCAUGUGGUAUCGUAGUCGUUCCCCCCACCCCCACCUCCACUGCGGGUGCAGGUCCAGUUAGCUGAAGUCCAAAUGUUUCCAGGUAUUUUGAGAGGAGGAAUCAAAGAGACCUAGGAUGAUGGCAGCAGCCUUCUGGCCAUUUCGAGGUUGCACCGGUGUUAAGUCCCAAGUGGUUUGCAAAGACCGUCUGUCCUAAGCUGUUCGCAGAGGGGGGCCCGGUGUUAAAAUGGAGAGGAAGCUCUCAAAAAGUGACAGACAAGUCACAGCAAUGUAAAAUAAAAGUACACCUAAGGUUCCGGA